AAACAAAGUCUUUUCCGGUUUCUGAGUUUUUAGCGCUAAUUACUUUACAGGCAUCUGAGCACUGGGAAAGCAGUGAAACAGCCUAAGUAAUAUGAAUCGGUCAAUGGGAGACAGCCACAGACGGUUCCUACAAACCAUGAUGAGUAACGGUAUAAUUGACAAUAUCCAGGCCAGGGCGCUUCACCAGCACUGUUGUGAGGUCCAUAGCGGACACUAUAUUCCUGACAAAUUAGACGAAUUCAUUGACGUCAUCAACGCUCAACUUCAGCCCAUGUUUAUGAACAUCAGAAAAGCCAUGUCGGAGGAAGAUGGCCUUCAGUAUUAUGCCUUGGUAAACUUGACUGAAACAGACAUUACAAGAAUGUCAUCUGAUUAUGCUGACAACGAGUUGGAAUUGUUCAGGAAAGCGAUGGAUCUGAUUGUGGACUCUGAAAACGGUACUGCGUCUUCCACUGAUAUUCUGAACUGCGCUGAUACCCUGCAGACCAAGAAACUGAGGAAAAAGGAAGCAGAGCUUGUCUUGAAUAAAUUUGUCCAGGACAAGUGGUUGAAUGAGAAACAUGGUGAAUAUACCCUAAGCACCCGCUGUAUCACAGAAAUGGACCAGUACAUACGCACAAUGUACAGAGAUCUGGUUAAAAUCUGUCACGUAUGUCACAACAUUGCCCUGCAGAGCCAAAUGUGUGAGAAUCCAGGCUGCGGCAUUAAGAUGCACCUUCCGUGUGUGGCUCGAUAUUUUAAGGGACGCAGCGACCCGCAUUGCCCGGCUUGCUCAGACUUUUGGCCCCACGAGAUCCCAGAGUUUCACCGACGUCAGUCCCAAGCCUCACAGAGCCAGUUUUCGUCAGCGAAGGAGAACACUGCUCCUGCACCAUCCACUUCCUCUUCGCGCAGAUCCAGACGAUAGUCCUGUUUGGAGGUUUUUCACGCUUGUUGCCAAAUGCGUCUCUUUCUGUUGGAGUUUCUUCCGGAUAUCCCAUAACAGUAAAGCUUGUUGUUUACAUGUGGUUUGUUUUGAAAGAAGGUUAUGAAUUAAAUACAUGUGUAUAAAUUGGAUAAAAUGUUUUUUUUUUAUUCUGUUCUUGCCCUGACUGCCCAUUGCAAUCUUGCCAAAGUUU